UUUGACGUGCUCUGCCCUUUUACUAUUUUGUUUCACUCCCGUGAGAGAGAGAGAGAGAGAGAUGGCAUUGAGGGCAGCCAUACUUCGCCACGUCCGAGUUCCGGUCCAAACCCUAACCCUAAUCGGACUGAGACUUAAGCGACCUGUACCGUACGGUGGUUCCCUCCGGUUCCUUUCGUCUCACGGCGACGAUCAUCUGACCAAAGAGGAGGUCAUCGACAGAGUACUCUCCGUUGUCAAGAGCUUCCCCAAAGUCGAUCCCUCCAAGGUGACUCCUGAUGUGCAUUUCCAGAAUGAUUUGGGCUUGGAUAGCUUGGACAAUGUGGAGAUUGUAAUGGCUCUUGAAGAGGAGUUCAAGCUGGAGAUUCCGGACAAGGAAGCCGAUAAAAUUGACUCCUGUGAUCUUGCAAUUGAAUACAUCUCCAACCACCCAAUGGCUGGUUAAUUUAGUAUAAUCUUUCGGAUCUCGUUUUUCUCAUUUAACUGCUUGUGGAACAGUAAUCUUUUCCGUCUUUGUUUUGUGUACUUGAGUCUUGGAUGUUUGUAGAGAGGUGAUCCCCAGAUUCGUGGUGGAAAAUAAUUCGAAAUCUAUUUGAGAAAAAAAAAAAGGAGCCUUUUCAGACAUGGCUUUCGACUGUUCAUUAAACAGUAAUAAUUUGUUUUACUGCCCUCAAAUAUCUGAACGGUUGUGUUCUUCACAUGA